GUUUUUGUUGGAUUUAAACAGGAAGUGUCUAUGGUUAGUCUUGUAGCUCAAAAUUACGUUUACGGUUCCGUCGAGGAUUUGCAGAGUUAAUUGCAUUUGUUAUACCAAGGUCUCUAGACAAAAGUCAACCAUUGUUACUUACAAUUACAAUCGGAUACAUGUAGCCAGCCAGUCAGCCAGAGAUUAGUGCGACACAAGCGCAGAACCUACUAAAGGGGUCGAUUGACUGCGUGAUUAUGAUGAGUGCAACAGCCAUUUGUACUUACUAGCGCAGUAUCUUACGAGUGGUUUAGAGUGAUAAAAUACCUAGCAUCUGGUUGUAACAUAUUCACGUUGAGUGAAGAUGACAUUACAAGUGGGUUGCCUAUCAUUCAGGCAGCCGUACGCGGGGUUAGUACUUAAUGGUGUAAAAAGUAUUGAGACACGUUGGCGCCCCUUGUUGUCCGCAAUGGAAAACUGCACUCUAGCUAUUCAUAUUGCGCAGAAGGACUGGGAGGGCGACCAGUGGAGAGACAUGCUCACCAAUACAUUUGGAAUGAGCCAUAUGCAAAUAGAGGAGCUUCUGGCGUCAGGUGACAGAUUCGGCCGUGGAGUCGUGGCAGGAUUGGUGGAGGUGGGGGAGACUUGGUGCUGCUCUGACAAUGUACCAGAGGAGGAUCUGAGGGAGAUGGAGAAGGCAGCAGUGCUCACUGGGCUCACAGAGAAACACCUCACACAGCUGUCAAACCCACGCUGGCUCAAGGAACCACUUUAUGCCAGAGGUCACAAAGACAUUUGGACAGUGGACAUCCCAGUACAAUUACUGCCAUCUGCGUAGAGUAGUUGUAAAAGAAUGUAUACUAACACGUUUCUAGAGAUGACACACAAGCUUUAAGGUGGAAUAAAUUACCAAUGGACUGCAUUGUGAAUGAUUGUAUAUCCUGCAUGUCUAAAACCCUUAUAUUGACACCAUAACUUUGUUGCAAUAGGCAUUUAUUAUUCAUUUAAAUUUGUCUGCAGGGAGGUAGGGCAAUCAUUAGAGCUCUGCGAGGUGAAGCCCUGGGGGUAAAAGAGGGUGGGGGUGCCAUUCCUGCCAUCACUAGUUGUACACCGAAGGUGGUCAUGUGUCUGGUGCUGUGCUUGACAAGAUGCUUGGGAAUUCCUCUGAAUCUGCAACUCCCCAGACAUCUCUUUGAGGACGGAGAUCAGCUUGGGUAGUAAGCCAGUGCUGCGGCUGCUAGAGCUGGUGCUGUCAUCACUCCUCUCAGCCUGGGCUGGAGUGCAGAUGUCUGGGGCCAACUACAUGGCUGAAGUGCUUAGGAGUGGAGCUCUGCAGUUCAGCCUAGUCAGAGUUGCGUUGCCUGUGUCUGCCAAGCUUGGGCUAUGCUGGUGGCCAGCGCUGUUCUUGUUGCUGUUACCCAACUUCUCCCUCCUGUGCCAAGUCUCGUGCAUUUGAGCAGCACACAUCUCUUCAUUUGGGGUAGUAGAUGUUUGAGUCCUUGGCAGAAAUUGGGAUUGGAGUAGUAUUGCAACGGCAAGGUAAAAAAAAAUCAGUGUCAUUCAAUUAGGUCACAUGUCAAAAUGUAGGCCUCGGAAACCACAACAGCAUUUGAUAUUCAUACCAAAGGUGCCUUUGACGUGCAUGCUUUGUAUUCCUCAGCAAUAAAGGUGCUAAGUGAAGUCGA